AUGCCCCUUGACGGAGUGAAAAACAUCGUGCUGGUGCUAUCCGGCAAAGGAGGCGUCGGAAAAUCCUCCGUGACCCUCCAACUUGCCCUCGCGCUUACCCUGCAGGGCAAAUCAGUCGGCAUCCUCGACAUCGAUCUCACCGGCCCCUCCAUCCCACGCCUCGUCGGCAAAGAAGAUGCCAAAAUCACACAAUCGCCGCGCGGUUGGAUACCUGUCGAAGUAUAUCCAUCCGAAACAAUCAAAGACGAUGAGCAGGGAAAUGCGCAACUCCGUGGGUCAUUGAGGUGUAUGUCUGUUGGAUUCUUGCUCCGUGAUCGCGGGGAUGCGGUGAUUUGGAGGGGCCCGAAGAAGACGGCGAUGGUGAGGCAGUUUUUGUCGGAUGUUUAUUGGGGGGAGACGGAUUAUUUGCUUGUUGAUACGCCUCCGGGCACAAGUGACGAACAUAUCGCCAUCAGCGAAAGCUUGCUAACAAUGUCGUCUACCUCACGAAAUACAGCCACGGCCUCACGAAUCUCUUACCUCGCCGGCGCAGUGCUGGUCACAACACCUCAAGCCGUCGCAACCUCUGAUGUGCGUAAAGAAAUCAAUUUCUGCUUCAAAACACAGAUUCCUAUCCUCGGUGUCGUCGAGAACAUGUCCGGAUACACAUGCCCUUGUUGCGGAGAAGUCAGCAACUUAUUCUCCCGUGGUGGAGGCGAGGUUAUGGCUGCCGAGAUGUCGAUUCCGUUCCUGGGGCGGGKGCCGGUUGACGUUAAGUUUGGGCAGCUUGUGGAGAGCCAGAAGAUUGAUGGCGAUGAUGGUGAGGAUAGUGAUGUUGAUGGCGAGGACGUGGAAAUACAGAGGAAUCCGUUUGAGGAUGAUGAGAGGUUACUUGUGGAAAAGUAUAGGGACUGCUGGUCACAUCCUAUAUUUGAGGGCUUUACGAAACAUCUUUUGGAUAAGAUUGAGGCGGAGUCGGGGUAG